AUGGAAGAUACAAGCGCGGCCCUCAAAGCUGCCGAGGACCUCGUCGAAGCCCUCAGGGCUUGUCCCCGACCUUCCAGUGCACAGCACCUAGCUCUGCUGGACCGCGUUGACAAGGUUCGUGGGCUUCUUGAGACGCCGUACGAUGUGGCUGUGAGGCAGGAGGAAGUCAUGUGCACGGCUGGCGUCAUGUACACAUUGAUCAGAACCGGGGCCAUCAAGAAGGUCCCGGACGAGGGCACAAUCACGGCGGGGAGCUCGCCGCCGCUAUCAACGCGGACGGCAUACCAGGUAGAGGCGGUAGGCAGCUUCUUCCUUGUAUGCUACGAGUCCAACAAGAUGUUCAGUGCGCUGCCGGACUACUUCAAGACGCACAAGCCCGAGGACUCGCACGAUCUGAGAAAGUCGUCCUUUGUCUUAAGCAUCGGCAAGGAAGGCAAGACAUACUAUGAAGCGCUUGACGAGGACGUUGAGAUGCGACCAAUCUGGAACGCAUGCCUCCAGGCGGCCGACAAGAACAUGCCCAUCAGCGGCAUGUUCCCGUGGGCUUCGCUCAAGGAACAAGCCAUCCUGAAGCUCCAGGAGGAGAUCCCGGGUACAUUCGGCGGCAAGCUGAUCUUGCAGGACCUGUCUGUUGUCAUUGACUCCCUGAAGCCAAAGGAAAUACCCGGCAUCGAAGCCAUUGCUUAUGACAUCUUCACCCCGCAACCGGUUAGAACGAACGCGCACGUCUACUUCAUGCGGCGAAUCCUGCACGAUUUCUACCCGCCCGUCUGCAUCGAAAUCCUGAGAAACACAGUCUCGGCGAUGGGCCCGGACUCAAAAUUGAUUGUGUGCGACAUGCUGGUGCCGGACAGGGUCCAAGUAGGCGGGCUGAAGGAGUUGUACUGGCUGGAUAUGAAUCUGAUGUCCAUGAGCGGGAAGGAGGAGACGUUAGAGGAGUUUCAGCAGAUGUUUGACGCAGUGGGCCUUGAAUUGGUCCAGAUACGGCCAUCGGCAAUCGGAGCCACGGUUCAGCUCGAGACGCGCUUGAAGCGAUCGUGA